AUGGCGACGGCGCGGCCUCUGGUGUCCGUCUACAAGACGGAGGACGGGACGUGCUCGGGGACCUCGCUGCUGCCGUCUGUGUUUCUGGCGCCGCUGCGUCCCGACCUGGUGCGCUUCGUGCACACCAACAUGGCGAAGAAUCAACGCCAGCCGUACGGCGUCUCGCCCAACGCGGGCUACCAGACGAGCGCGGAGUCCUGGGGUACGGGUCGCGCAGUCGCGCGAAUCCCGCGCGUUCCGGGCGGCGGCACGCACCGCGCCGGUCAGGCGGCGUUCGGCAACAUGUGUCGCGGCGGAGGCAUGUUUGCCCCGAACAAGACGUGGAGGCGCUGGCACCGCAAGGUCAACGUGACGCAGAAGCGCCACGCCGUUGCCUCGGCGCUCGCGGCGACUGGACUGCCUGCCCUUGUGAUGGCGCGCGGUCACCGCAUCGAGCAGGUCCCCGAGCUCCCGCUGGUCGUCAGCGAGAAGCUCGAGAGCGUCAGCAAGACGCGCGAGGCCGUGAAGAUCCUCAAGACGCUCGGCUGCGAGGCUGAGCUGGAGCGCGUCCGCCUCAGCGCCAAGAAGCUGCGCGCCGGCAAGGGCAAGAUGCGCGGCCGCCGCACGCACUCCCGCCGCGGCCCCCUGGUCAUCUACGCAGAGGAUAACGGCGUCACCCGCGCCUUCCGCAACAUCCCGGGCGUGGACCUCUGCCACGUCGAGUCGCUCAACCUCCUCCAGCUCGCCCCUGGCGGCUCUCUCGGCCGCUUCUGUCUGUUCACCGCCGGCGCGUUCAAGCGCCUGCAGCUGCUCUUCGGCCGCCACACUGGCACCGGCACGUCGCAGUUGAAGAAGGGCUACCACCUCCCCCGCGCGCUCAUGACCAACGCCGACCUGAGCCGUCUCAUCAACUCGGAGGAGAUCCAGAGCGUCGUGCGCCCGGCGCGCAAGAUGCCGCAGAAGCUCCGCAGCCAGAAGAAGAAUCUCCUGACUAACCAUGCUGUGCGCUGCCGCGUCAACCCGGCUGCCCGCAACCUGCGCAUCCUCGCGCGUCUCGCCCAGACUGAGGGCACCAAGCAGCGCGAGCUCGUCCUCCGCAAGAAGAAGGCGACCGCCGAGGAGCACAAGAAGCACGCCAAGGCUGCCCGCAUGUUCGCCGCUGAGAUCCGCCAGGCCUUCUCCGACAAGAUGGCGGCAGAGCUCGAAGCCGCGGCGCGCAGAAAGGCUGAGGAGGCCGGCGCCGUCGCCCAAGCCAGCGCCUGCGAAGUGUAA